AUGGUUCGUGUUCAAAAGUUGACCGCAGAAACUCUCAUCGGAGCCCCUAGGAGGAGUGCCGCGGUUCCGAAUCACGAUGGCAAGCUGGCCCUCUACACGAUUUCCACCCACAAGUUCGGUGACAAAACUGAGAAACAAGUCCGUGUUAUGGACUUGCAGACCCGUCAGUCAUCCCAAAUAUCAGAUGACGACAAAGUUCACGAUGCCGUUUGGGUCCCUGGCACCAAUGAUAUUUUGUUUCUCAAGUCUGGAGACAAGGGCCGAACGCAAGCCAUUGUGGCCAAGGGACGAGACGGAUCCUGGGAACACAUCCCCCUCGCCGAGUUCAAUGGACCGAUUGAAAAUCUUAAACUUAAGAAACUUGAUGACGGAUCUGUCGUAUUCAUGGUUACUGGUCAGGUUGAUGAUGAUGGUCUUCUGUACAACGAAGAGGCUCACCAGAAACUCUCCACUGGCCGCAUCUUUGACGGGGCGCGUGUUCGAUCUUGGACCUCGUUGCAGAAUCAACAGUCCUAUAGCUUGUGGUACAAUAAGCUGCAACAGGAUUCGUCUGGCAAGUGGGAGUUUGCAGGCCAUCUCCUCAACCUAGUCAACAAUCACGAACUAGAUGCACCUGGAGGAAUGUUGGACGUCGGAGAUCCUCUGUCAAGCUUUGAUAUUUCUCAUAGAGGCGCCGUCUUUAUUGCACAGGACCGAACAGUCCUGGAUCCCGGAGAAUUUGCUGUGAGCUCAGCAUAUUUUGUGCCUCUUGAUUCGUUUACCCUACCACCGACCGGACGACCCAAGCGAAUACAGUUGCCAUCAGGCGUUGAUGAGUGCAUAAUGUCUAACAUUCGGUUUUCUCCCGAUGGCACCAUGAUUGGCUUUCUUCAUGUUCCACGUGGGGACGAGUAUGGCUCUCGCUUGCUUUUGGCGUCGACAAAUUCCCUCGAUGCCUUCGAUGCCUUCGGUCUUGUCACGCCGACAUGGGGUGGCGGCGACAAAGAACACGAUCCACCCAAAGAGUUCGAGUUCGCUGGCGACUCUGAAAACAUUAUCAUGACAAGUGCCAACUGUGGCCGAACUGUUCUGUCGAAGCUCAAACUUGCAGAUGGGGAGACGCCGCAUAUUUUUUUCAAGCACGGUAGUGCGUCCGCGUGUUAUCCACUCAAAGAUGAUAAUUGGAAUGAAGUUCUGGUUUCCAGUUCCAGCUUCAUAGACAGUAGCCUCUGGCAAGUUGUGAAUGUGUCCGAGGCCGCCGUUGUCAAAACCCUUUCAUCAGCAACUAGUGAAGGUAAAAAAUUCAGGCUAUCCCCAGACAUGGUCACAGAGUUCUGGUAUGAGGGAGCGGAUGAUGUAUGUGUUCACUGUUUUAUGUUGCGGCCCACCGACUUCGAUGAAAAUAAGAAAUACCCGUGGGUGUUGAUGCCACACGGUGGACCGAUAUCUUCUUGGGAUGACGCUUGGAGCACCAGGUGGAACAUGGCUGCCUGGGCAGAACAGGGAUACGUAAUAGUUUGUCCCAACAUCACAGGAAGCGUGGGUUAUGGUCUUGAGUUUGCAAGAAGGAUCAAUGGCGAAUGGGGUGGUCGACCAUUUCAGGACCUCUUGAAUCUCAUAACGUAUCUGGAAAAGCUGCCUUAUCUUGACCAGGACAAAGCAGUGCUUGCCGGAGCCAGCUACGGUGGCUACAUGGUUAGCUGGAUGCUUGGACAUGAGAUCAUCAACAAGUUCUGCUGUGCGAUCUGGCAUGACGGAAUCUUUAACCUUCCCUCAUUCUUUUUGCAAACAGACGCCUUGUAUGAGGGCGGAAAUUUUGAAGGCGCUCUCUAUCCCUGGCAACGGCCCAUGGCUUUUGAACGCUUCAACCCUGCUCGGCCCGAGUUGUUACGCAACUGGCGAAACGCGCCGCCGACUCUCGUUAUUCACAGCGAGAAAGACUAUCGGUGUCCUAUUACUGAGGGCAUUGCGACUUACAACACUCUGAAGGGAAAUGGCGUACCAAGUCGGUUGCUGACCUUUCCAAAUGAGGGGCACUGGGUGCUUGAUCCGGAAAACUCUCUUGUCUGGCACAACACGGUCUGGGAUUGGGUCAAGAGGUGUGUAAAUGGUGAAAUUAAGAGAGGAGAUACGAAGUGGUAA